UUCGAUAAUUUGAUCAAGGCUUAGAAGAAGAUAGAGAAAGAGAGAGAAUGGCAUCAUCAUUCACAGGAACUCAGGACAAAUGCAGUGCUUGCGACAAGACUGUUUAUUUUGUGGAUUUGUUGUCUGCUGAUGGACAAACUUAUCACAAAUCAUGCUUCAAAUGCAGCCAUUGCAAAGGCACUCUUGUGAUGAGCAACUACUCUUCCAUGGAUGGAGUUCUCUACUGCAAGACCCAUUUUGAACAGCUUUUUAAGGAGUCUGGAAAUUUUAGCAAGAAUUUUCAACCAGGAAAACAUGAGAAGGACCUGACAAGGGCACCAAGCAAAAUGUCUAGUAUGUUCUGUGGGACCCAAGAUAAAUGCCCUGCAUGCAGCAAAACUGUGUAUCCACUCGAGAAGAUAUCGCUGGAGGGAGAGUCGUUCCACAAAUCGUGCUUCAAGUGCGCGCACGGCGGGUGCGCGCUGACGCACUCGUCCUACGCGGCUCUCGACGGGAUCCUCUACUGCAAGCACCACUUCCACCAGCUCUUCAUGGAGAAGGGAAACUACCAGCACGUGAUCGAGGCUGGCAGGAAGAGCUCCGCCGAGAACGACGAAGAGCACCGCGCAGCAGCUGCGGCCGCCGCUGCAGCUGCUGACGCGGCAGCGGCGGAGGAAGGGGGUGAGGAGGAGGAUGGAGGGGAGGCAAAGGCGGAUCCAGAUGAGGCCGAGGCCGAGGCUGAGGCUGAGGAGAAGGCUGAGGAGAAGGCUGAGGAGGAGAAGGCUGAGGAGGAGAAGGCGGAAGACUAGUUAUAGAGAUAUGCUCUUCUCUCUUUUUUUGGUUGGUUAAUUAAUUAACUAUACACCUAAGAUUUUUUGGUUUAGGUUUUCAAGUUAUGUUGUUUGAUUUGUUGUAAUUCGAAUUAAUUACACUCACUUUGUGUGGGGGAUUUUCCAGGAAUGUAAUUGUGUAUGUCUUAUUCAUAACGCAAAUUCAAUUCUAUA